AUGAGCAGCUCCCCUGCUUACGAGCCCGAUGAAGACUCGGUACAAAAUUCCGGCUCCGAGGUCAACGACGAGCGGGUGCCGCGUUCUCCUUCGCAAUUGGAAUUUGAAAAGACUGGACUUUCGGAGAUAAAAGCCCCUGCUCCUGGCGCGACCUCCGAUAAUGUUAUCGAUCUUGUCGAUUCCGAGUCCGAAUUGGACGAGGAUGGGUACGAAUUCGCGGCGCAAAACCGAUUCGAGAAAGCCGAUGCCAUGUUCAAGACUCUCCGCCCAUCCUCCUUGGAAGCCUAUACAAAACUACUCGCUGAAAUGGAGGCCGAUAUCAGCACCACCAAAGUGAACGAAAAUGAAGAGCCUUACACGGUUACACAGAACGGCGCGGUGAUCUGGACAUCGACUGAGAAGGAGGUCCUGUUCAAGGUGCUUGAUCAUAAAGGCAAGAAUGGGAUCAAGGAUAUAGCCACUGCUAUUCGGACGAAAUCAGAGUUAGAGGUCAUGGACUAUCUGAAGUUGCUCCAGCGCGGCUUGGAGGGCCAACAUCUCCUGGAGCGACAGCUCAAAACCAUCAUCAUGGGCGAUAUUGCUGCUGCUGCGGAGAUCAGUGAGGAUUGCUGCGCUGAACUAGAAAAAUAUAGCGAUGCCCUCGUCAUGCAAGAAGAUAAUGCUAUCAUGCGAGCCUGCAGUUUGAAAUUCGGGGGCAGCAAUGGGUUGCUUACGGAGGCGCAAGCGAGGAAACUCCUCCAGAAAGACGCAGUCUCUCAGGGCAAUUUCCAUCUUCCUGCUAGCCUGCUCAAACUUCCAUCGUGGAUCCAGCUUUCUGCACAGCUGUUCAUGAACUUCGGCGGCUCGAGAGAAAAGGAAUCAUGGAAUCACCAUGCUCAGUCUGAAGACGAGUCACCUGUCAUAUACGGUGAGGCUUUCAUGGAUUUCUAUGCUCUGGCUGUGAGCCUCACGAAGCGGCUCGUUCAAUCGAGCCUUUUUUUCGCCAUGGCGCGACUCCGUGAUGUGCAGCAGCCCGGCCGCGAGCGAGGGAACCUGGUGCGGAAGCGAGAUGUCAGAGCCGCGAUGGACGUCUUGAAUAUGCAGACCCUCGAACACAAUCACUUCCUCAACGUAGCCAAGCGUCAUAGACUGCUCAUCAAAGAUGAUGAGAAGCACCCCGGAAAGGACCUCAGCUAUCAGGAAGCAGAGGACAUCCUGAACGCUGAGGACGACAUGGUUGAUUCCGAGAGUGAAGCCUCAGACGGGGAGGACGAUAGCUCUCCCGGGAGCCCCGAAAUCGAAAAUAACCACAAACCACCUGCCAACCGCCCUCCGUUACCCGCAGAUGCAGAGGAAGAUCACGCUGACAUGCAAGACCGCGAGCAAAGCCGACAAGAAGAACUCCGGCUUUGGAAAAUUCUGGGAAAACCAGGACCGAUCCAGCUCACCAUCGCCGGUAUCGCAGAAGAAGAGAAUGCCAAAGAAGCAGCCGCUCGCAAAAUGCCCGCGGACCGCAAGAUGAGAGAAGACUUGAUCGAUUGGCGCGAACACACUUUGUACCGCAGUGAGUGGGAAGAGUAUGGAGCUGGCUUGCAAGAGGUGGAGGAUGAAUUGGAGGAGAAUCGACGCAAGCGCCGACGCAUUGAGCUUGAGAGUGACUCUGACCAUGACGAUGCCAAUACCAAGGGUGCAAAACAACCGGUCUUCUUAUCCGCGUCUGUCGUUAACAGCGACGAUGAUGAAGAAAGCGAUGCACAAGCUACGGCUGAUGAAAGGCCAAGAGCUCCUGUAACUAUCGAAAUCUCAUCGUCCCCGUCUGCCUCUGUCGAUGGUGAAGCGAUGCACUUAGAUCAGCAGCCACCGAAUCAUCAUAGUAACAGUGAGAUUUGA